AUGCACAGGUACAAGAGAUUUCCAUCUGUGUGCCCCCUGUGCAUGGCACUUCCAUGCAAAAAGUGCCCUGUAAAGACUGGCACGUGGAAGGCUUCAGACAACCCUUGGGAUCAAUUUUGUGCUUUCCAGGAAAGCGAUUUGGAAAGGGUGCUGAAUCGGCAUGAUAUGGAAAGGUACAACCUCCUGCAGGUGGCAGUUGCGAUGAAGAGCAAGGGGGAGGUGCUGCUGCACUGCACAAACCCAGAUUGUGGCUCCAGAUUCACCACCCGGUCCAGACCACGUUGGGGACACAGAUGCCUGUGUCCCAAGUGCAGCUGCUACACUGGGGUGGUAGUCAUGGACAUGCCUACCCUGGAUUCAAACUAUGAUACACAACCCAACCCAGCACCACAGGGCCCCUCCAGACCUGCUGCCACUCGUAGCGUCACCAGUCAACGGGCUCCGAAGAGGGCUGGACACAGGGAGGAACCACCAUUUCCCCAUGAUUCCAACGCUGCACCACACGUGCCGCCUGAAAGAAAUGCGCAAGAGCGCAGGAGUGCAGGAGUGCAUGAGGGCAAGAGUGCAAGUAAGCGCAAAGAUCCUGCUGUGGCGCGAUCUGGACAGAAGGGCAGUGAGCAGCUGACCAAACCAGGCGUCCCUCCUAGCCUUGGUGGAGAGCAGCCCUUGACCGCCCCUGUUAAUUGCAAUGGCCACAGUUGCUCUGUUGGCACAGCGAAUGUGCACACUGGACAGGCACUGGUGUUGAAGACAGCUCCAGCUGCGGCUGCCUCCCAGAGCCACCAUGAACACCAGUUGGCAGGCACUCAGAAUGGCUGCCAAGUGCAGCCGGGUAGUUUAGGGACGUCUGAGGCAAGUAGUGCACUGGAGGCCUGGGCAAGGACUAGCGAUGACUCAAAGGCGUUUGCACCAGAACCAGAGGCAUCCAGGGAUGGGCUUGUAUCACUCACUGGGAAACAGAAAGUGGAGGACGUGCAGAGCGGCGAAUCCCCAGCACCCAUGCAGGAACCCGAACAUCGUUGCGCUCAGAAAAGCAAGAGGCAACUGGUUGUGGAAGCACUCAUGUCAGAGCGGCACAUGAGCCAUCUCAGGACGUAUACGGGAAGGUUUAAGAUCGUUUGCGCCAAUUGCAGCAACGCCCUGGUCAGGGAUAUUGAGGAGCUGAAAGUCAAGGCUAGCAUGCACAUCGGCGAGAAAUGUGGUCAGAAAUUUGGCAUCAGCUAUGGCUUCUGUCCUCAAAAUUUGGUUCCCAAAAGCGUCAGCACCAAAUUGAUGAAUGAAGGGAUUCUGGCCUGCAAGUCGUGCCACAUCUGCGUUGGUACAGUGGGCGAGUACCACAGGACGGACCAUGGGGCGGAAGUCGUCUGUCGAAGGUGCAACGAGCCCUCUGAACAACUCAACGCCGAAAUUGACGUUUUGGAUGACGACUUUGCCGCGCUGCCAGUGCUGGGCCUCAGACUGUCGUUUCUUUGUGGUCGAAAUAUAGCUGUUCAGAUAGGUACAUAA